AUGACAUUUGGCCGGAAACUGACGGUGGUGGGGAGCGUCGACAAUGGAAACACGUCGCUCCUGCACAUGGGUGACGUCAUUUCGCUGUAUACCGAGGAGUCGCAGGAACAACGAGGAUUUCUUUCUACUCUCGGGUAGGUCUCACUAGCUCUUCAAUAUCAAGUUUAUAAUUCAAAAAAAAAAAAAAUAGAUUUUUAGACUGGUCGAUGACCGAUGCAUAGUAGAACUGAAAGAUGGACGCCCGGAGAGUCCCCCUAAAAAGUUUCGAGGUCUGGUUUUUUUUUUAAUGAUAGCUGUUUCUGAAACAUUUUUUGGAGAUCUAAUACAAGCUUGGUUGAAAUAUUGCAGACUGUUUAUUCCAAGUCUGUCCGGUGAAUCGGUAUGCCGCUCAGAAGCAGCUCUGGACGGAGCAGAAACGUUUCCAGACCGGAGAGUCCGUUUUUGACGAUGAAAUGAUGAGCAAACUGCGUGUGGCUGCAGACAAGGUCUAUUUCUUUCGAUUAUCUGAAAGAGUUUUGUUGAAAUCUUAUUGAACUAGACGCAAAGACGAGAAAAAAAAAACAAAUUGACGUGGUUAUAGAUAUCACAAUCGCUGUUAAUAGCUAUUGGGUUUCAGGAGAAGGAGCAGAACGAGUUUGAGUUCAAGAAGAACGCUGGGCAACGUGGUCCAAUACGGCACUACCGUCCAGUUGCUCCAUGUCAAGUCCGACAAGUAUUUGACGGUCCAAAAAAACUCGCCUGCAAAAAGAGAGAGAAAUGCAAUGAAGGCUUGUUUACCUGGACGUCGAGGCCACGAGUCAUUCCCUUCCAGGUAUACCUCGACCGAGCGGGCAACGAGGGCAGUUGGUUCAUCAUUGAGCCGGCUUACAAGCACUACGCCAUCGGCGACAACGUGAACUGACCUUUUCAAGAGGUCAAAUGAUAUAUUUCCUUUCAAGGUGGCCGCUGGUAACAAAAUAUCUCUGAUUCCGUACUCAGUCUCGUCGAACCAGGCUUCGACAGGCCAUUGCAAGCACCAGCUCCAUCUUUCGCAUUGUCGUCUCACAGAUCAUCCUACUGCUGCUGAGGUUUCCUCUAAUCUUGAUCGAAUUAGAUUUUCAGCUUUGUUCUGAUGGAGUAGUCGUGUUUAUAGUGAUAUACAAAUAUGAAGAGAAAAGAAGUUUCCUCUGUUUAUUUUUUCAUUUUCAUUUCAUGCUGUUUUUCAAAAGUUUGAAAAAAAUGAAGGCCAAUUUUUUGUGUAAACUUUUUUUCAAAGAGCUAGUUCGAAGUUUCAAUAUGAAUUGAAAUUGAGUUACUCAGGUGAACUGCCUGAACGAAACAACAGAAUGGCAAGUUUACAUGUUUCUUCUUUUCAACGAGAACCAACCAGACGUCGUCAAAUCCGUAUGAUUUUUUUGUCAGUUUCCUGGGGACUUGGCAGUUCAGGGCGACGUGAUCAGGCUGUUCCACGCCGACCAGCAGACUUUCCUGACUCUCGACACUGUUCCGAAGACGUCGCCGCCACAAGACGUCGUCUUUUUGAGGAUGACCAACCGACCUUCCGCGGCAGACGCGACCAGCUCCCGAGCUCUUUGGGAAGUCCAGGCUAGUUUUUUUUUUCAAAUGGACACUGUUUAAAAAACUUGAAAUUAGUAGAUCGAAAAAUAUUGAUUUUACUGACGUUUCCGUCGAUAGAAUAUUUAAAAAAAGAUAUCAAUCAAGUUUAAGAAUGAAAAAUUUUCAAAUAGUUGAAAACAUUAUAGCGAAUUUAGGUUUCCGAUAAAGUUUUAUUACAUUAAAUCAAAUCUUCGUCUGAGAGUUGUGAGCUGAAAACUUUUUUCAAAACUUUGAGAGGUGUGAAACCCUAUUGAACAUCAAGAUUCGGUUAGCGGAAAAAGAAGUAUAAACGUUUUGUGAGUUUCAAGUUCAUAGUACUACGGCACUGUUUGAGGUCGUACAAUCGAUGCACUACCGUGGCGGGUCUGCCAAGUGGAGCAAGGAGUACCGUUUCAAGCAUCUGGCCACAGACAUGUACCUGACCGCAGUUCCGGCCUCCACCCCCGUCAAACCGGCCACCAACGACAGACGUGCGAGUCUGAUUUACACUAGGUAAAACGAUGGUUCAGUUUUCAGCUCCUUUAGUCUCGAUGAAAAGUCGUCCAACUUUGGAACGGUCAGUUUGAGUGCAUGAUCUGAGUUUCAUUGAGUGUCGUUCAAAAUAAUUUGUUUUGUUUGCACCGUAUGAAGAAAUAGCUAUGCACUCAUUUCUCACAGUCAGAACGGGAAGCUGAUGUUUGGAAAGCGAGUUAAAAAUGUUUUCUGACUUGAAUUAGCAUGUUUCUGAGAGAGCUAUUUCUUCACAAGCAUGGCUUGAAAGCUUUUUCGCUCGAGAUCGAAGUUUUGCGCAUUUCUGCCUUUUUUGGUGACCAACUUCCCGUCGUUGAUAAUCUCCCUUUGGUUGAAAACAUCAAACAGAAUGCUAGAAAGUCCAUUUUUAACCAUACUAAUUGUAGUCAAUUUUUCCUGCAACUAAUGAAUGGUUUUCGCUCUAACCUCCGAAGGUCCCAAAAAGGUCUGAAGUCCUCGUUUUCAGAAUGAAGAACGAUAUGGUUUCCUUCAAUCCGAAUGCGCUUUACAACGAAGGACCAUCGGGUUUCCCUGAGCGAAAUCCCAAUUCAUUAGCGCGUUUAAUAGGUGAUUCAACUUCCUCGUCAGGAACAUUCUUUCUUGUUCCUGUGAAGUGCGACUUCCCCGAAGUCAACGACGAUCUUCUGUUUUCUCUAGAACCCAGUACUAUCACGGUAAUCUUGUCUCCCGCCUUACUAAAUAGUUUUUUCUUCAGUCAAACAAAGAUGUUCCGAGAAGAUCCUAUGUGCGGUUGAUCCACAGAGAAACAGAAACAUGGGUUCAUGCAACAAACGCAAACGAAAAACAAAAUCUCUACUUCAGCAAGUUUUUUUUUGAUUUUGUAGACGUUUUUCAUGUUCUUUUUUUGUUAACAGUAAGAACGAAAAAGGAUGGGUUCGAGUGAUUUGCGAGAAAAAUCGCGUCGACAAAGAGACAUUUGCUCUUUUGCCGGUAUCGCCCAAUGAGGUUGAAACUUUGAUAACUUCUCAGGUGAAAACUGGAAACAGGUGCGCGAUUUGGAUUUCGCGAACGAUGCGUGCCGGGCUCUGCGAAACUUCAUCAAACUCAUAAAACAGGGCAGCGUUGUGUCGAAGGAAUCGCUCAAGUUAGUUUCAAUCGGAAGAUUGGAAAAUCUGGAGCCUCUCUUUUUGACCAUUUACAUAUUUACAGUGUCACAACAAAUCUUUUGAAAGAGUGUAUUUACUUCGUGACCAACACUAUUAAUCAUAUAUUGGAUCCACUGAAGGUCGUUGAUUUCUCGCCUUCUCGAGAUCGCCAGAAACUUUUGCGCGAACAGGAAGUUCUCGACCAGGUAGCAAACUAAAGAAAAGUCCUUCUGAUCACGGUUUUUGGCAGGUUUUUUUGCUUCUGAAGGCUCCGUUCAUGCCACGCCAAGGAACGACGGAAAUGUGUCCUUUGCUCAACUCUCCGUCCGAACUGAGCGACAGUCGCAACGAAGUCUUCAAAAACAUGUUCCAGCUCUGCUAUUGCUUGCUCAAGUCUUGAUUUUACGCCUAGCAGCAAUUAAUUGCAUUUCUGACAGAUAUUCUCAAGUGAACUACAGAAAGAACCAAGAAUUUCUUGCCGAAAAGUUUGGUCAGAUACAGGUUUGGAGUUGGCAGUGUGAAGGGGACGGAGUAACGUUUCAAGGAGCAAAUCGGGUUCGAUUUGAUGGCAGAAGACACGAUGACGGCCGUCUUGCACAACAACCCGAAGCUGCUCGAGAAGUACGUCAAGACGCCGCACGUCGAGCGCUUCGUCGAACUUGUCAGGAACAACAGACAAGGAAAGUUAGUUCUGCUUUGUAUUUGUUUUUUUUUUUUGGGUAUUCCUCCGAUCAGAAAUAGGUGUUAACUUAUCGAAGUGUACUUUGAAGCACUUUUAGUUGAAUUCUGACUGAAUUUGUUUCUUCUCGGUUCUGAAGACAAGAACUUACAGUUUGAAAUCAUUACUGCAAGUUGUUCUUGAUAUGAAAGAAAGAAACAGAUCAAGUAGAGAAACGUGUUUUGAAGCGUGCUGAGCCUUACAGUGAGAUAUUUUUUUUAAAACUCUUUUGACGCCGUUGGAUAUUUUAUGUUGGAAAGAAAAAUGCAAAAAGAAAGUUGUAAAAUUGAUUCAGGUGCUCAUCACUGACAAAUAAUAUAAAUUACAUCCUUAGAAAAGUUUUCGAAAGUUGCAGUGAUUUCUUCGAUCUGAACACUUUUCUUAAAAGCAGUUCGAAAGGUCUGAUAUAGCUGUUGUGAUAGUGAUAGGACGUAAACAUUUGUUUUUCAUUCAUUUAUUUUUGUAAUGCAGAAUUCAGAACUUUUGAGACUUUGCAUGUUGAGAUUUCUCGACUAUUUGGCGGAUUUAUGUGUUUGUCGUGGAGAAGCCAACAAAAAGAUCCAGGAACUGAUCUGCAAUUCAGUUCUCAGUAGUAAACAUCGCGACAUCUUCAUGGAAACUAAGAUGGUCUGUUUCGUCCUUCACAGCUACUUGCUUCAUCGUCUUCGUUUGCAGGAAGAUGGAGAAGUUGUGAUUGGCUGGCCGCCUCACUUCAAGAAACUCGUCGAAAUCGCCGAGUAUUCUGCCGGCUCGCCAGGAGACGCCGAACUGUUGGACUACUAUAGGUUCACACGAUUCUUGAGGGAAAUAAGAAACGGAAUUGCAGGCAUCAGCUGGACUUGUUGGCUCAGAUGUGCCAGGAACAGCAAUAUUUGGCGAUAGAUCCCCCGCCAGAACGCCGACUGAUGAACAUUUCUCAACAGCUGCCCGCCGAGCUUGUCCUACAGUGAGCUGGAACUUUUCUGACCAGUGUAUUCGUGCUCAGAUGCAUGUCAGACAGUCGCCUGCCCUACGAGGUAAGAGCUUCCUUCACGAGGCUCAUGCUCCACCUCCAUGUCGUCCGUGGAAGUCCGUUGUCGGCAAUUCGCCACGCACGGCUCUGGUGGGACAUACCUGAGGAAGUUAACGUUGGCUCGUGAGUUUUUAAAAUAUGAUACCAUCUGUAUUGAAAAUCAUUAAAUUGAAAAGAAGGAAUUCGGGUGAGCGUGCGAUUCAGUUUUGAUUUUAUCGAAUUAAAUUUUUUUUUUCAUUAGGCUUUCUGAACCUCAAAUUUGUUUGUGAGUAGCCUUUUUAGGUACGAAUCGACGUCAGUGGAGGCGUAUUCCGACGGGAGCCGCAUCAGAAUCGGGGACGCUAUCGCACAAAAAGUUUUUUUUCCUUUUAUGGUGGUUGACUGUCCCGAUGAUUAGGUGUUGGCCACGGUCGACAACUAUCUGCUGAACCUGAGGCAACAAAAUAAGGAGAAUUCACAUGAUGGCGGAAACAUGCGAGCAAAUAAGCUCACUUACGAAGUCGAGAUACAUGAUGUUUCCUAUAAUGAAUCGGAAAUUCAGAUUGUCAACCUAGCCAAAGCUCUCGCUCAGUUCAAUUUCUACUCCUUCCACAAGUUGCUCCAGCUAGCUCAAAAUCUCUUGGCGAUUUUCAAUGAGAACCCAGAAAACGACAACACUUGUUAGAAAGCAGCGUGAUUGGGCUUAUACGUUUUUUUUUUUUUUUAGCCAGAAGCAUGAUGAAGGCGAUCCGGAACAUGACCAAGUCGAUGAUUCCGACGGCGACGAGAAUUUCCGAAAAGGCCAAAGAAACGAAGUUGGCGGCUGACGAGGCUGGCCGUUCCAAGGAAAGCCGUCAACUCAUCGUUAAAACCAAGCUCAUCGUGGCCGAGAUUCUGCAGGUUUGACCUUCAUCCCUUCAGACUUGAAUGCAUAGUUCAGUUCGUGAUGGACGUCCGUCGGGAUUACCGCAUAACGAUGGCCUUGUCUUGGUUCAAAAACCGCUUCCCUUGCGACGGAGAUGGCUCUCUCAAGCAGUCGGCCAGUGAGUCGUGUUUGUGUGGAGGCCGUCUUCAGCUCCUUUCAGACAUCAAUGAAGCGAUGGCCAACCAGCUGUACGAGGCGAUCUACCAUUCGUCUGGACACGAGCUGCAUCUCGACGGCAAGGACGGCCAUCUGCUUUUGGCGAUUCUCUUGCAGGUGUGUCUUUUCCAGCCUUUUCCGUUUGACUAAUUUGAAAAACAGAUGACUAUGUCUGACUAUCCUCCCUUGACAAGUAUUGCCCUCAAAGUUCUCUUCCGACACUUCACCCAGUAUCAAGAACUACUCGAGGAUCUCAAGCAGGUUGGAAGAAAUUUCAGACGAAUUUGAAGAAUAUUUUAGGUUCAACUUCUUGUCUCAAACGAUGACGUCGAGAAUUAUCGUCAAGUGGAUCGGGAUCUCUUCAUCCUGAAGAAUCUGACGGAAAAGUCUGAGCUGUGGGUUCAUGGAGACCGUCAUCAUUCGACGGAAACCAAGGAACACGAGAGAGAAGACAAAACGUGAGUGAAGUCUUAUUUGAUUAGCUACUUUCAGAUUGCAGGACAGAAAAAGACUUGGAGGAGCAUAAUCUGGUGACGACGCGGGCCUUCGGAUCCAAAGAUUCUCUAGAAGCCGUGGUGGCAAUCAUUGACGAGCACUACGGCAAUUUCAAAGAAGAAUGUCUGAAGCUGCUGACAAGAGUAAUAUCAGCCGAAAAAGGGGUUGCUCACAAUUGUUUCAGCUACUCAUCAAAGACGAUCGGAACGACGCCGCGAUCGCUCUGCAGGAACUUAGCGACAAAGCUCCACUCAUCGCGUAUCCUCUCAUCCGACAGGUUCUCCUACUUUGUCCUUCAAAGUCAUCGAGUCUGUCUCAGAUCCUUGUCAGAAUCAAAAAGCUCUGUUAUCGCGAUGACAAACCGGACAUGAUGAAUCAGCAACUUCUGAAGAACAUGCGGGUCUAUGAAGUCGUCCUCGAGUUCAUCAGCAUUCCAUACGAUAAAGUUGGUUGCAAAGCUAGUCUCUGCUGGCUGAUAUGAUAGAUCUUACGAAUAAAAAAGGAUUUGAACAGGGGAAAAUGUUUCCUAAGUAAAAGAGCUUUAGGAAAGACUGAAAAUCAUGUUUCAGAAAAACGACUCGGAAAUGCCGAAACUGAUCACUCUGUCGCACGAGUUCCUUCGCAGCUUCUGCAAGGCCAACAAGGAAAACCAGAGUCGUCUGUACAAAUUUGUGUCCAUCGAAAAAGAUGCGAAAGAAGGAAUGCUGCGAGUCGAAACAGUGAUUUUUUACUAUUAUAAGCUUUCGUAAAUUGCGAUAAUGCUGUGUUAUAACGCAGUAGAAGCUGAGGAAAAUGUUCAAGACUUCUUCUUUUUUUUUCGUUAGAUCAUAAUAAUAUAGAAAACAAUGCAUGAAUUUAUUGACAACGAUGGUGUCUUUUUCCGUUGAUUUAGUUCAAAUAUCUCUUUUAGGGGUGGCGUCUGAUGCAAGGGAUGUAAACCGUAUAAAAGGGUCGCAUGCGCUGGCAAAAAAAAAUUUUUUUGCAAGCUUGUGAAAAAAAUUUAAAAGGAAUCGGGUUCGAAAAACGUUUUUUUUUUCAAAGUGCAGAAUGAGGAAAUAAACAAAUGUCUACUAAUUCCUAACCUUUUUCCUCCUGAACAGGUCGAGGAAGUGGCCACAUUGGUCUCGAUUUUCCGCAACAACCGUGAAUUGUCGAGCAACGUCUCAGAAGAUUUGAUAGCACACAUUGUGAAUUUGAUUGAACACAAGGUUAUUUGAAAAAUACUUCUACGACCUAAUUCGCUAUUUUCAGUCGCGAAACGCGGUUUUUAUAGAGCUGCUGCAGUCUUUGGUGUGUGUAUACGAGAAAGAAAUCGAAGGGUGUCAGGACAAAGUCGCCACCGAGGUCUGUCCUGAGUCUGAAGCAAGAAAGUGAAAUCAUCCAGAAAAUCUCAGUUUCUCCACAAUUGUUUUUUAGUUCAACUAUUUCUGUCCGAUUGACUUAAAAUUCAGAAUUAGGAAUUGUCAUAUGAAUUUUUAUGGCGAUUUUUCAAAGGAUGUUGGCUGAUAUUUGAGUUUUUCGCUUUGAUUUUGCUAAAGAUUAUGCAUAAAAACCUGUUUCCUGAAAAAAUUUCAUGACCUCCUUCUUAUUAGCCUUAUCAAAGCUUCAUUCUUUUUUAUUUCAAAAUAAAAGCCACGAAAAUUUCCCCGAUCUCAGUUUAAUUCAGAUUUGCGCGGCAUCCGACGAAGUCCGGCAAUUAUACGUAGACAACGCUUCGUUUGAACAACUUGAGGAUCUCAUGCGGAAAUCGUCCGGCUACUUGGACAGCACUGACCCGCUCAAAUACCACAUCGAAUUAGUCAGGUAAAUGGAGCUCUACCUUUAUAGUUUGGGUGUAUACUACUUUAGGCUCUUAUCACUUUGCACUCGAGGCAAAAAUGGGAGCACGGAGUUGAAAGUGGCUUCUCAAAUUCCUAUGGACCACAUCGUUCGCGUCGUGACCUCCCAAUACUGUCUGAUCGAUGUAUCCCUCUUUGGCCAACUGGACUUCAUGGCGAAAGUUUAGGUCAAAUCCGUGUACCUCCAGCUCUUACUUCACUGUUACAUCGACACGGACGCCGAAAUGAAAGACGCUUACAAGCCGGAAUACGUAGAAGCACUAUUGAAGAACAUGCUCGAUGACGUCAACAAGGUAGUACUGAAAGGCUCAGUUGCUCUUGAGAGUUUUUGCUCGCAGUUGCGCCUGGAAAACGUUCGCCAUGACUCUGAUACGAUACUGGAACAAUACAUUUGCCACACUGUCACUGAAAUCCUCAUCAAGUUUUUUGAAACGCCGUAUACGGACGCUGCCAAAGUCGACAUUCACGUAAGUAUAUGGACAGAGGGCUCGAUUCGCGCCACCUUCAGCACCACAAAAAGCUCUUUUCCUCUCUUCUUCAAUCGCUGAACAAUCUGGAGCGCGGGAGACUUCGGACGACGAGGUUGACUCGGAAUUGGUACCGCGUCGCGGAGUGCAUCAAACGUCUCACCAAAUGGGGUCCGACAGCUCUCUAGAAGGGCUCGACCAUCGAAACUUUCUCGGUUUUCAGCAGAAGAACACAACAUCGUCCUGCCUGCCAACGUCUCCAUGCCCCCGCUCUCCAACGUCGUGAAUGUCCGUCAGCGAUGGCAGUGUGCGGCCAACUCGGCGAAACUAAUUGGACUGAACAAGGUACGUAUCUUUCACAUUUUUCGCCUUGGUUUUUGACGCUUUUAUUCAUUUUGCAGCCAGCCAUAACGCUUAUUGUCGAGGUUUGAUAUAUUAUUACAGUACUUCUCAUCCAUGACUCCCCUUCUAUCUUCUUUACAUCUUCUCUUCUAUGGACCUUCUUGAUCAACUACUACUUCUUGACUUUAUCUAAAACAUUCGUCCAAAAACUUUCCUAACUUUUUCUUUUCGAAAAUAAUCGGAUCAUUUACAGAGGCUGAACAGAACUAAUUCUCUGAACCCCGGACGAGGUGGUCUUCGAGGCUUGAGGACGUCGGAACACACUUCGGCCAAUGUCGUCACUUGCUAUCACGUCAGUUUUGACAUUGGUGCGGAGACGGAUUUCGCUUUCAGAUGAUGAUCGGCGAGUUCAAGUUCUAUCUGCAACCGCUGCACGCCGCCGAGGGCAGUGUUCUCGUGGAGGUCCUUCACACGCCAGAACUUCUUUUUCCUGAGACUUCUCCUCUUCGACUUCAAUGUGCACGCGGCGGCGUCGUUGCCAAGUAUCUUUUUCUAACUCUAACUUCCUGCUUUUCGAAGAACUUAAACAUCUAAACUCUUUCAAGUCUUAAAUUUUAACUUGUAUAGUCAGUUCUUUCCGACUUUAAAAAGGUGGGAGGCUGAGAAGUGUGCGUGACGCGUAGCGUGUGCGUACGCAGUUCUGGGCACGAGUUCAGUUCAAGCGCCACCAACAAUUUGAAAAGCUCGCUCGCCGCUCUUUUUGUUCUAUAUUUUUAAUGCACACAUAAAAGAGAUCGAUAAAUGGUUAAAAAAUGGAAUGAAACGAGCUCUCCAAAUAGUCGCUGGCGGUUGAAUUGAACUCGUGCCAAGAACCGCGUACGCGUCUUGCCCCCUUUUUCGCCUCCCUCGCUUUUCAAGUCGGCAAAAAUCGACUAAAAUUGUCUGCGAAACGGUCCAUGCUUUUAAGUCUGAAAGUGAUGCGCAUGUACAGAUUUAAUUCGCGAAAAAAAUCGAAAGUAUUUAGAUAUCAUAAAAUUUUUCAACUUCUGUUUUAAUUUUUUUUUUUCAAAAAUUUUUUUUUUCGAUUAUCUGGUUUAUGAAGCAUCUUUUCACAAAUCUUACAGGACUCAUUUCUCGAGAUAAUUUCACUAUUCGUUCUAGACGCUCAGUUUUCUUGAGAGUCUGAAUUUUCAAGCUGACUUUUGUGGAUAAUUUUUCUCAAACAGAAGUCUUUGAGGUUGAUCCAGCAUUGCAAGACUUUGAUGCACAACAAACAAGACAACUUGUGCACGAGAGUCCUUCAAACUCUGUGUAAGAUGUGCAACUGCAGCAAACAACAGUUCUCCACACAAGUAAGGCUUUCAAUCUUUUUUCUUUCCUUUCAAAAUCUUCUUGAACAAUAAUUGAGUAUCCAGAGAUACGUUAACGCUAAAAUGUGGAUGAAGGUUAGUCUUUUUCACAUUUUGGACUAUCGGGCGCCUUAGUUUUCCUAAAACUCUACUAAUUACUGGCGGUCUGCUUUCAUUUCGGCGUUUAUCUAACAAAACUCGAGAAGUGCUUUGGGCUAUCUUUUCUAUCCCAGUUUGAUUUUUUAUUUGUUGGUAUCUUCAAUGAACAUUUGCACUGCAACGAGAUACCAUCAUCUUUUUUGAGCCUAAUCAAAAAGCUUGAAGGGUUAUGGGAAUGCAUUUGUUUCGAUCAAUUUUCGUAGAAAGCUUCAUUUUACAGGGUCAGCAAUUGCGCGCAUUGUUGCUCCAGCGAUACUUUGGACAUCACAAAUCGCGGCAGCCUGUCGAUAAGCAGACGUCGGCGCAGAGUGAAAUGGAUGUCGAAAAGCCCGUAGAAGUUUGGUCGGAAGAGCGAGACUUGUACACGAUCCAGUGCAAGUUGAACGAUGCCGGAGCCUCAGACCUCGUCAUUGAUAUAAUUGUUCACGAGCCUGCGCGAGAAAUCUUUUUGAAAGCUUUUCAUCUUGCUCGAGCUCUCCUAGAAGAAGGAAAUGACAAGGUUGCAAACCACACUCUUCAUUGCGCGUCGUAAAUAGGCACUUUGGUCAGGUUCAACAGUCGUUCUACAACCGUCUCAAGCAAAAAGACACUCACGAGCCGUUCUUCAAGGCGAUUUCGGUACGAAUACAACUGGCCCAGAAUCGGCUGAAGAGCGACAUGAUGAGCUGCAACGAGAGCAAGCCGAAGGCGGGUAAGUCUGAGGAGCAUCGGAUCGCACGGAACUUGGCCCUCGCCACAAUUAACGCUUUUAACGUCUUUAUAUAAUUUUGCAGCGCUCUCAGCCAACGCCAGUAGAAGAUGUGAGUUUCAAAUUGUUCAGAAAGCCGAUUUUUUACGUGCUCUCACUGCCGCUUUCGUCAUUUUCUUUGUUCUAGCUCGCUUCAGCACAGUUAAUCCAUGUCCAGAUAAACUUUGUAUAGGACACCCCAAAAAGAAUUGGAGUCUUCCUUUUGAUUAAACUUGUGUUAUGUGGAUGUGAAACAGUUCAAACCUACCAACCAACUCCGCGCUUGGCACUCAUAAUCAGCUGCACCCUGCCUAGCACUUGUCGUUCUCUUUGAGGUUCCGUCCGACCCAACAUGGUCCGUCAGAGGUCAGCUGACUCCGGUCUGCGAUUCCGCGGCUUUGCCCCAUCGACGCCAAAUCUGAGAGCCGUCGACGAAACUCGGCGGCGACUGUCCACAUCAAGCUGUAACCAAAUUAAUUACUCUAACGUUAUUCUUACCGUUUUUACUUACCUAAUGUGUUGAACCUUCAUUUUUUCGUUUUCUGAGCACAAUUAGAAAAGCUUCGAAAUUACGUGUAGUAUCUAUAAAUUAACGGCAUUUAAAUUUUUUUUUUUUUUCGAUACUGUCCGUUGUUAACAUCAGACUCGCGGAGAGUUAUUGUUAAUUUUUUUAAAUCUUACAAAAAAAUUUUUUUCUCCACCGUGAAGUUCAAUUUAAAAAAAUUAUUCAUUUUAAUCAAAAAAACGUGUCACUCAGUUAUUAAUUUUUUUAAACUUUCGGAAAUCUAGUGGGUUCAGUCAAGCAUGUCAUCACUGCCCAUGCUUUAGUUUUUGCACUACGAAAAUAUUCAAAAAUGCUAACCUUCUCUGUUAGUCCUAUUCUGUCAUGUUUUUUUUUUCCAAAAGUGUUCUUCAAAAAGUAAAACUUUUUUAGCAUCGACAGUCUUGACGCCUUUGAUUGACACCACAGAAACGUUCCAUGCACCGCUUUUCGAGGCGCCUCAACGUCAUCCCUCCAUUUCGGAAAUCUCCAACUUUUCCUAUGACGGAGCUCCUUCCAUACCAGACCUAUCGCCUUACCAAGAUGAAGAAAAGUGAUAAUAUUUCAAUUUCGUUUUCGACGUACAUAUGAGUCUCAGAGCUGUUGACUCUCUGUCUGCAGAAGUGGCCCUCGUCGAGCCGAUUCUUCGCGUUUUGCAAUUGCUUUGCGAGAACCAUAACAGUCUGCUUCAAAACUUUUUGCGUCGACAGUCCGACAGAACGAACCACAAUCUUGUGGCUGACACUUUGAGUUUCCUCGACACGGUUUGUGGCUCAACCAAAGGCAGUCUUGGGGUGUUCGGCGAGAUCGGGGAGCACAACUUCUCUCUGAUAACACAGACGUUAACAACACUCACCGAGUUCUGUCAGGGCCCUUGUCACGAGAAUCAGGUCAGUUUCGCCUUUUUUCUUUCAAAAACUUGUUCAUUGCUAAGAACACGAUGGCGAUGCAAGAAAAUGGGCUGAACAUAAUCAUUUCGCUGGUCCUCAAUGAUAUAAAGCCGCUGGCAGACGACCACAUGGAACUCGCGCUCGAGAUCAAAGUGCGUUUUCUUUAUCGAUUGGUCCUUCAGAAUAUAUUUCAUGAGAUUGCAGAGUCAAGCAUCAAAGCUUUUGCUGGCAAUAAUGGAGUCGCGGCACGACGGCGAAAACGCCAACCGCGUUCUCCGUAACAUGGCUAACAUGGCCGGCGGCCCGAAGCAACUUGUGAAUGCGAUUCGGCAAGCCUACGAAAUGGCGAGCUCCAAUCAGUACAUGGUCAAAUCUGUGAGCCGCGAGUUCAUCCGUCGCGGCGAAGGCCAGGCCGCCAGCACACGCAACGUCGUCAGUCCCCAAAUCACGACCUCCACAAGUUUGAGGCUUGCUAGAUAUCAUGGACAUCGAAAUUUCCAGUAAACCUCCCUGAGAUCUCUGUCGACUCUUCGGGCACCGUCUCUAUACUCGAUGAACCGAAGAAAGUGGUCGAGGAGAAGUUUGCCUUGACAGAUGACGACGUGACCAGCGUCGACCCCAAGGAGGUCGCUUUUUCAAAAAUUAGUUUCGCUUCAGAUUGGAUCGACUUUUGUGAAUAUCCUAUGAAUUUUUUUCUAAAAAUUGACCUGCAAUAAUUAGCCUCAUAAAUUUCAUUGAAAAAAAGAAUAAAUUACAAUUUUUUUUAAAUUUUGAUCGAUUUAAAAGAAAAAAAAAUCAGGUUGAAGCCACGUUAGUUCCUCCUUUGCUUGCUAGAAAUUUAUUUGAGAACUAAAUUUGGAAGUUUGAAAAAAGAACAGAAAUAGAAACUAUUUCAGGUUGGGCACAACAUCUACAUUCUCGCCCAUCAGCUGGCAAAUCACGAUUCUGAGCUGGCGGAUUGGCUGGACGGCAGUGACGAGAAGAAAGAGCCGAAAAUUAGAGAAGCCUUGAAUUACUACAAACAGAGGACUGCCCAAAUCGAGGUGCUGCCUUCACUUUUAGAAUUUCCAUCUUGUAAGUCCAGAUUGUACGACGCGAUAGAACUCUGGAACGCGUCGUGUUUCCGAUCAACGAAAUCUGUUCUUUCCUCACCAAGGAAACGAAAGCCAACGUCUACAACAACACGGAAAGAGACAAUCAAGUACUAUCUCUUCUACUUCAUCUGUCGAAUACCAAAAACUCGGAUUUAAUAAAAUAUUUCAGGGCUCAAAAAUAACCGAGUUUUUUGGUCAAUGGGAGCAUCUUUACGACGAAAUGAAAUGGCAACGGAAACUUCAAGGUAAGUCCUUAAUCUAGUCCAUAUUGCUACUCCAGUUGAAAAAAUCAUUAACGAUUAUUUGGAAAAAAAAUAAUGUUUUUUUCAGGUAUGUCGAUGUUAAUUUCUUGUGAUUUUUGAAUGGAAUGAAUUUCUUGAAAGCUCUAUCGAGUUUGAAUCUCCAAAUAUUUUUUUCUAAAAAAAUGAAUCAAGGCCGUUUUUUUAGAUAAAUUAGUCAUAAACUUUUUGUUUUUAAUAGGUUUUUUUGUGCGUGGAUCUUGUAAUUAUUCCAAGAGAUUGGUUUCUGCUUUUGAUGAACGUUUCAAAAAAAGUAUUUCAGCAAAAAGUUCAAUUUUUAUUAGUUUAUUUUUAUAAAUACGAGCAAUGAUCCGCUUGAAAAUCGACAGUAGAAAAGAAAAUGUUCAAAAAAUAGUUUUCAUUGUAAUUGGAACGUUUUGAGACCGGAAAUGGCUGUCGUGGUGCGCGGUGAGACUGCGGCUCUGGUCGAAACUCUCGUUUCUUUUUGCCAUCAUUCUCAACUGCAUCAUCGCGCUGUUCUACCCGUUCCACUCUUCGUCACGUAAUCAGCAGAUAUCGACUUCUCUAAGACUUCUCUUUUUCAGUCGAGAUCUCACCUUCCAACCCUGUCGUUAUCAUCACCUUAGUAUCAUCUCUUCUAUUCCUCUACUCCCAGUGGGAAAAAGAGUGAGGAACCGCGAAAAAUACAAUUCUAAUCGUGUUUUCAGCUGCACCUUGGCAAAGAGUUCAGGUGUUACUACCGCCAUAGCUUUUGUUCUCUUCAGUUUUGUGUUACUUUCCAUAUCUUUAUUUGGAACAGUACCAACACUUUAUGUCUUCGGUGUCGCACAGGUUUUGUUGAAAACAACAAAAGUCAAUAUAAAGUUUUUCAGCUUUUGAAUAAAAGUGUUCAUGUAGUAGCCUACGUGAGCAACAAAGGCUUAGAAGAUCGUACGUGGGUGGAAAGAGUGACGGACACAGAUCUGCUCUAUCUUCUCGGCUGUCUCAUCGUUUGUCUCCUCGGAAUUUUCGUCCAUCCGGUUCUCUAUGCUAUUCUGGUAUUUUCCUCACAAAAAUAUCUUUUCUGAAAAAUGUUUCAGCUCUUCGAUAUUGUUGCAAGCGAACAGACCCUUCGAAAUGUAAUAAGCUCGGUCACCAGCAACUGGCAAUCCAUCAUUUUAACGGGUCUACUCGCGUUGAUACUCAUCUUCUGGUUCUCCAUAAUCGGCUUCACUUUUUUCCAAAAAGGUUCUCCAAAUAGACACCCCAGGCUACUACUGAUUUGAGAUUUCCUCUUGGAAGUGGAUUUGGUGGAAGAAGAAGAUUCUUCGGCGACUCUGAUGACCGGAGACCCGGCCGCGGAGACCUGCUCUUCGGAAAAAUGUGCUCCAACGGCGACGGCGGUCCAAACGGCUGGUGGGGAUGAUGGUGCGCUUUCUAACUCUAAUCAAUAUACAGGAAAAAAAAAUUUCGUUCAUACAAAAUCGGGAAGUCUUCUAUGAAUAAGUCUCGAAAAGUGAAGAGAAAAAUUGUCCUCUAUAAAAUGUUUUCUAAAGAGGAAAAUUCGGUGAAAACGAAAAAAAAAAGAAGCGAAUAGUAAUGACAAAAACACAAAAAUCUUGAAAGUUGGUCUUCAUCUUCUCAAAAGCCACUAAAUUUUGAACGUGCCUGCAGGUUUUUCAUAUAAGCGACAGUCUCCUAAAGAUUUUCCGACUUUACCCAAGCCUGUUGAACCUCAAAAGCUUUUUAAUAACACUUUAACUAUUUGUUUCUCGCUUUUGUUCUCAUUCAUUCAUCUCGUCACGAAGUGCAACAGUCAGACAAGUCUGCUACAAAAUGUUUCAGAGGUCAUCUAGAAAGUUGAAACAUCAUAAAAAAUGUAUAGCUCCACUGAUAAGUUGUUUGAGAGUCCAUCAAAUCAAACUGUUUCAAAUCGGGACGAGUAGAGUUCAAAUGAAUGAUAUUAUUUCAAAAUCGGGAUGUUUUUGAAGGUGACAGCAAAUUCCGAUCUUGUGGGACUCUUCGAAUGUGCAUAAUCCACACUUUGAAUUGGGGACUACGUAAUGGUGGUGGUAUCGGAGAUGUCCUUCGAAACGUUUCCCCAGAGGUUAGUUUCAAAAUAACUUCGAAAAAGGGGCAUUUCAUUCAGGAGCCAAUGUUCUACUGGAGAAUCGUGUACGACCUUUCUUUCUUCAUCGUUCUGAUCGUCAUUGUUCUCAACUUGAUUUUCGGUGUGAUUAUCGACACAUUCAGUGAUCUGAGAGAUCAGAAGAACGAUAAAGAAGAUACAUUGAAGAACACUUGCUUCAUUUGUGGCCUUGAACGCGGAAAGUGAGAAUAAGCGGCAUUCACAACUUUAUUUUGAAACUUAAUUGCAGGUUCGACAACCGCACAGUGACUUUCGAAGAGCACAGGGAAGUGGAACACAACAUUUGGCACUAUCUCUACUACAUCGUGAUGCUCCAAAUCAAGGAUGAGACCGAGUUCACUGGACCGGAAAGCUACGUCGCGCAGUGUAUCAAGGCGAGUCAGGGCAGAGGUGCUUCUUCUAAUCGGACCUCCAGGACCACAACUUGGACUGGUUUCCUCGGAUGCAAGCGCUGUCGCUCUUAAAAGACGCCGACGUCGAGAAUGAGCAACACCAGGGCAACAAGGAGAUUUUCGAGAUGAUCAAUCUCAUGAGGAACAGUUUCGGUGUUCAAAUUGAUGAGCUCAAACAAGUACGUUUUUUCGAUCAUCUAAAAAAUCUCAUUCAUUCAUUCAUUUUUGAGAUGUUCCUGGAGUUGCAAUCCCAACUGCGAUGA